AUGGACGGUCAGCCCAGAACCGCAGCUCGCCCUGCGAGUGGUCUCCCGCGACCGACUUCGAGAUUACCCCUGCCAAGCUCAACAGCAUCAAGAACUCUCCGACCAUCACCAUCCCGAGACCGGCUGCAGGCGGAUCCUGGUUUGGACCAUAGCCGACUGCGAAGACCGUCCCGCGAGUCCCUCCUCAAGAAGCCCACUCCGCGCUAUUCAACCCCGGCGAAAGUCAUCCGCAAAGACUUGCCGACGCAAGAUGAGCUCGAAAGCCAAAUAAGCCAAAUACAGAUCUCAGACGACGUGACUCCAGUGGAGGAAGAAGAUGACGAAGCCCGUGGUCGUUCUCUAUCGGAUCGAACAAUCGAGACACUCUCAAGUAUUCCACCCUCGCCGGCUUCAGUGAGACAGUCAAGCUUUUUCAAUGGCACCAGCCCAAUCCGUUCUCCGUCGAGGACAACAUCAAACGUGUCCUCUUAUUCGCGAUCGCCGUCGCGGUCAUCCUCUGGACAGGCCAGCGACUUCUUAGCACAGCCUGUACCCAAACUUCGCCUUCCGUCCCAAUCUCGCAUGUCGGUAGCGUCUGUUUCAUCUUUGCCAACGAACACUGUUCCGGAUACCAGUGGAACCCCCACGAGACUGAAGUUGCCGUCGUCGAGACAAAGUAUUGCAAUUGGAAAUAGUGGCUCCGAUUCCAGUGUCACGCCAAAAAAGACGAUUCCAGGCAGAACGAGCAUGCUAAAAGCGCCCGCUAAAUCCUCACCCGCUCGUUCUUCUCCAGGAAAGGUGUUGUCAAAACCCACGUUGUCAGACAUGGGCCCUCCGGAACGACCACUCCAAGUACGCAAGACGAGAAAACCUCAGACAGACUCACCAUCCUCAGCAAGGUCUCCCUCAGCAGCUCCACGAAAUCCCUCACGAUAUGUGUCUGCUGCAUCUUUGCAAGAUGAGCUUUCCCCUGAACAACAAGCGGAAAGCGAAAUGAGGAAAGUUUCCAAAUCAUCAAACGCUCUUCGCGACACCAUUGCCAAGGCAAAGGCUGCUCGAAAGGCGGCGGCAUCGAAAGAAAAGACAGAGGCAGCACCUCAGGUGAAGGCUAUUGACCCGGUGGACGGUAUCGAUAGCGAAGAUCCGUUUAAUCAGCUUCCCAAGGGCUCAGAUACUUCUGUGCUUAGGAAGCGCGUGGAGAGCGCACGCAAAUCGGGUAUCUUGAACGUUGCAGCCCUUUCUUUGAAAGAAAUCCCGAAAGAGGUGAUCGAUAUGUAUGUAUUCGAUCCCGACGCAAAAAAUUGGUUCGAGAAUGUAGAUCUGGUCAAGUUUAUUGCCGCGGAUAAUGAGCUGCAAGAGGUGGCGGAUGCCACAUUUCCUGACAUCGACCUCAUGGACCUCGAUCCGGACAGCGAGGAGCGAGGCCCUCAAUUUGGCGCUUUGGAAUCCCUUGAUCUUCAUGGAAAUCUGCUGAAGUCUGUCCCAAUGGGUAUUCGACGACUACACCAGUUACGCUUCUUGAAUCUGUCCAACAAUACCAUGAGCAUGGACAAGCUCCACGUCGUCUUGGAGAUAGCGUCUCUCACGGAUUUGAAGUUGGCCAAUAACCAACUGAGUGGGCCAUUCUUUUCGGAGAUCGGCCGUCUCAGCCAGCUGGAGUCCCUUGAUCUGCGUGGCAAUGACCUCACAUCGCUGCCCGAGGAAUUGAAAGAAUUAACUAGUCUCAAGACGUUGGACGUUGGUGGGAAUCAGUUGACAUCUUUGCCUUUUGAAGCGUUGAGCAAACUCCCGCUGCGAACCCUUAAUGCUCCCAAAAAUUCGCUACAGGGGACACUGAUACCGGAGUCUGUGGAUCGCCUGGAGACUCUGCAGUCUCUGAAUAUUGCUGGUAACUCCCUGAAAAUUUUUGCAGCCAACGAGGCGCUUGUCCUGCCCAGCCUCCAGAACCUUUAUAUGGGCGUGAAUCGCAUGAAACGUCUACCCUGUGUCUCUUCAUGGCAAUCGCUCCUGGUCUUGUCAGCAGAAGACAAUCGUCUUACUCAGCUCCCGGAAGGAUUCGUGAAACUCAAGAGCCUCAAGAGUGUUGACUUUACUGCGAACAAUUUUGCUCAGUUAGAUGAAAAGAUCGGGCUCAUGGCAAGCCUUUCAUCUUUCAAGGUCGGCAACAAUCCGCUUCGUGACCGCAAGCUUUUGAGCAUGGGACCGGAAGAAAUUAUACAGCGCCUCCGAAACAAAUGUGAACCUGAACCCCAGGACACCGAUGAUGAGGGGUCGGUUGCGACUCAGUUUACCCUCGCACCAGAAACCCCAGAAUUGGAAAAUGCGUGGAAGAUCAAGCCUGGAGGCAUCAUCGAUAGAUCAUAUUCGGAUCUCACAGAACUGGGCACUGAAAGUUUGGAAUUGAUAAGCACAGACGAUGUUCGCUGCCUUUAUUUGCAGCAUAACGAAUUGCCAUGCUUCCCCACCUUGGCACUGGGGAUGCUCGCCCAGGGCUUGGUUGAUCUCGAUCUUUCAUAUAAUCCUUUGGACAGCUCUAAGCUCAUGUCUUCAUCGCUUGAGCUUCCAAGAUUACAGACACUCAACUUGAGUGCCGCUGGUCUUACCUCGCUGGACUCCCUUUUGAACAAUCUCCAAGCCCCGUCGCUCAAUUUACUCGAUGUGGCCAACAACCGCCUGAAGGGAGCCCUGCCGCAUAUCCGUGAGACUUUCCCAGGACUUAAAACCUUACUCGCCUCCGACAACCAAUUUGAAAGCCUGGAAUUCGAGGCAGUGCAGGGACUCCAGGUUUUAGAUGUCAGCAACAACAAUAUUGACUAUUUACCACCCAAGAUCGGACUUCUUGGUUCUGAGCGCAACCCUCGAAACUGGGGCAAUGGAACGGCUUUGAGACGCUUUGAGGUUGCAGGCAACCGUUUCCGGGUUCCUCGAUGGCAGAUCGUCGCCAAGGGGACCGAUGAAGUUCUGGAGUUUUUGUUAAAGCAUAUUCGCGAGAAUGACCUGCCCGAAUGGGAGCGUGAAAAGGCUCAGGCUGAGGACUAUUAA